AUGUCAGACCCCUUCAUUGCAGCUCUGAUGCAAGCAGAGACGAACAGGAAAGUCGUGCACCAACAGUGCGUUACAGCCCGGCAAGAAGUACUCAAAAGAUACAACUCUGCCUACGAGGCGGUAGCACGAAGAGGGCAGUUGGGUCAUGAUACCCCAACCAACAGACGGAAAGCCUCAAGUCUCACUGAGCUGUGUCGCAAGGAUGCUAAUCUUUCAGUCGAACAGCUCAUGAAAGCUGCAUAUAUUGCGAAGGACAUCCUGCAUGCUCGGGAGAAACAGUACAAGCUAGCAUGCGCGACCGAAGCUGAGGCUAGACAAGACUUGGACAACUAUCGUCUCAGUCAAGGCAGACUGCGGCACUUUGAGCCAAAUACUACUGCUAGUGACACGAAGGGUCCCAUCCAGCUCUGGCGUGCGCAAGUCAAUGCUGCCUUCGACGACUACGACAACAUGAACUCCUUUCCCGCACCUCCUCCACAUCCGGAAGGCACCAAACAUUCGCUGAGCUGUCGAAGCCGUCCUAGAUGGAGACAGAAGACUUCCGAUGAUCGACUGAUCCAGGCCUGCGAUUGCGCUGUUCGAGCCGCUUUCUUGGGCGGUACGCGAUCGAAGGAGGAGACUAUCUCGUUGAAGACUGAACGGCUGAGGUGGGACCCUGAUCUCUUUCCCGGCGCGCUCAGGGCACAGGCAAGCAAUGAAGGCCUGCCUGUUGAUAUCGUCGCAAACUUUACAGAAGCCAUGCCGCCCUAUGCAAGCACCGCCUACCUGGACCGUUUGACUCGCAACGCCGACGAUCUCAAGACAGCAUUCGCCACGGCACAGGGUGAUGUCGAUGAAGCACGCGCAGAACAAAAGCGAUGCGAACGGCUGAAAGAAAAACUGUCCAAGCAGCGACAGGACGAGGAAGCAGGAUUAGGCAUUCGAAGUGCCCCCAACUCAAGGAGUACACCCCUCGAUGAAUUAUUUCAAAGCAUGCUCAGUCUACACCUAAGUGUCUCGGAAGCUGAAGACGCAAGUGAGAAAGCCAGCGAGGAGCUUAGAAACGCCAGGAUGAAUCUUGAUGCCAUCAAGGGGAGGCUGUUCCAUGCGAACUCGGUCCUCGAAGAGUAUCAACGAUGGCAACGUUCUACUGAAGAAGCCAAGGAACGUGACCGAGUCGCCGCAGAAGCGGCUGAAAAGCACCGCGAGGAAGAGAAGAAGUUCCGUAGAUGGGUCGAAGCGCAGGGACGUAAGAUGCGCGAGCGUCAGGAAGCUGAGGAUCAGUUGGCCCAGCAGCGGGCGAGGAUACCCGCGGAAAGGGAACGUCAGGCGAAGGCGUAUGAAGCUAAACAGCGUCAGGCCAAAGAGCGUGAGGCCAGGCAGCAAGAGGCCAGGCAGAGUGAAGCCUCGGAGCGUGAUGCUAGAGCUCGCGAGGAGAAGCUACGCCAAGAACAGCAGAGAAGAGCACGGGAGAAGGGCGACUGGCCCCGUGAUUGGUUUCGCCAGGAGAAAGCCAGACUUGAGGAUGCAUGUUCCAAGCUCUCGCCCUCGGCGAGACCUCCGACGAAGCUUAUCGCGAUCAUCACCAGACAAAACAUCGUCGCCUUCUUUGCCGUUUUCGAGGCCAUGCCCACUGAUCGCAGUACUUUGAAGGCCUUCCCGGAGCCGCCUUCCGAAUCAUGCGAGGAGCUUGCAUGCAGAACAUCGGCUGCAGAUCGCAAACUCGAGGCCUGCUCAUGCAAUAUCAAGAAGGUCUUCUCUGGCGUGAAAAACAUCAAGGCUAUGCGUAACCGCUUUCACCCGGACAAAUUCGCGAGAUGCCCGGAGGAAAUUCGAGAGGUGAUGCAGAAGAUGGCGGAGGAGAUCUUUGUCGUACUUUCCGGUAUGAUCUAG